CCAUACCAGCAUCCUGAUCACCGCCAUACCCCAUACUACGUAUUGAUCACCACCAUACAUCAUACCAGUGCCCUGAUCACUGCCAUAUCCCAUACCAGCAUCCUGAUCACCACCAUACUCCAUACUAGCAACCUGAUCACCGCCAUAUCCCAUAUCAACAUCCUGAUCACCUCCAUAGCACAUACCAGAGUUCUGACCACCCCAUAUGCCAUACCAGCAUCCUGAUCACCACCAUACACCAUACCAGUGCCCUUAUCAGAGACUUACCCCAUACCAGCACCCUGAUCACUGCCAUACCCC